UCUCUGCCCAGCAGGAUGCGCGAGGGCCCAGUGCCAGAGGAGUCGGAGCGGGGCUCCGAGGCGCCAUGCGCGGGGUCCUGCCACGCGCAACGUGUCCUGCAGACCCUCAAUGCAUACCGGCGGAGCGGCACCCUCACCGACGUGGUGCUGCACACUGGUGGCCGCGACUUCCCAUGUCACCGCGCCGCGCUUAGCGCGGGCAGCGCCUACUUCCACAGCCUGUUUGCGAACGGGCGGCCGGAGGGGGAACUGUCCGUGGUGCCCGUGGUGCCAGAGGUGUUAGGCAUGGGUCCGGCAGGGGCAGCGGCAGCCGCCGACUUCCUGGAGCUGGCGCCCGACGAGGUGGCGGCCUUGCUGGCUGACCCGGCGCUGGGUGUGGUGCGCGAGGAGGCUGUGUUCGAGGCGGCCAUGCGCUGGGUGCGCCACGACACGCCUGCCCGCCGCGGACAGCUGCGGCGCCUGCUGGAGCACGUGCGCUUGCCCCUGCUGGCACCUGCCUACUUCCUGGAGAAAGUGGAGGCUGACGAGCUGCUGCAGGCCUGUGGCGAGUGCCGCCCGCUGCUGCUCGAAGCCCGAGCCUGCUUCAUUCUGGGCCGCGAGGCUGGCGUGCUGCGGGCCAGGCCGCGGAGAUUCAUGGACCUAGCUGAAGUGAUCGUGGUCAUUGGCGGUUGCGACCGCAAAGGGCUCCUGAAGCUUCCCUUCGCCGACAUCUACCAUCCAGAAAGCCAGCGCUGGACCCCGCUGCCCAGCUUGCCGGGAUACACGCGCUCAGAGUUCGCAACCUGUACUCUCCGCAAUGAUGUCUAUGUCUCUGGAGGUCACAUCAACAGCCGUGAUGUGUGGAUGUUUAGCUCACAUCUGCAUACCUGGAUCAAGGUGGCCUCACUGCACAAGGGCAGGUGGAGGCACAAGAUGGCGGUCAUGCAGGGGCAGCUGUUCGCAGUGGGCGGCUUCGACGGCCUGCGGCGCCUGCGCAGCGUGGAACGCUAUGACCCCUUUUCCAACACCUGGGCGGCAGUCGCACCACUCCCCGAGGGGGUGAGCUCCGCCGCCGUGGCGCCCUGCGUGGGCCGGCUCUACGUGAUCGGGGGCGCCAAGCAGGACGGCGUCAGCACCAAUAAGGUGCAGUGCUUUGACCCCAAGGAGGACCGGUGGAGCCUGCGGUCACCAGCACCCUUCUCACAGCGAUGCCUUGAGGCUGUCUCCCUGGAAGACACCAUCUAUGUGGUCGGGGGCCUCAUGCGCAAAAUCUUCACCUACGACCCUGGCACAGAUGUCUGGGGGGAGGCAGCUGUCCUCCCCAGCCCUGUGGAGAGCUGCGGCGUGACUGUGUGUGACGGGAAAGUCCACAUCCUUGGUGGGCGGGAUGAUCGCGGGGAAAGCACCGACAAGGUCUUCACCUUUGACCCCAGCAGUGGGCAGGUAGAGGCCCAGCCACCUCUGCAGCGCUGCAUCAGCUCCCAUGGCUGCGUCACCAUCAUCCAGAGCCUGGGCAGGUGACUCACACCUGCGCCAGGAGGUGGGGAGGGGAGAACUCAGGCUCACCACUGCUCCCCUCAUGGCACCUCCAUGUAAAGAGCCUCUUAACUUACUGCCCUUUUUCUCGUAGAAAUAAAAACCUUCAAAAGGUUGGGUCUGUG